AUGGAACCAGCGGCGUCGGAAUUGCUGACGUCCGAACCAGCAACAUCACUGCUGCCGACUGAAUGUCCUCUAAUGGCUGUAGCAGCUGGUUCGACGAAGCCAGCGACACGCUCCGUACCUACCUCACAGCCGCUGCCAUCUCGCAUCCCUAAACCAAGCGGUCAAAGAAUGAUCGUGAAAAGCCGCGCGGAGGGGACGACGCUGAUCCCACGACCCGCACGAGCCGCUGCAGCUGAGAGGCAGCGCUCCCCAAGGGAUGGCUCUGGCCUGGAGCGCUCCCCAAGGGAUGGCUCUGGCCUUGAGCGCUCCCUAAGGGAUGGCUCUCGGCUGGAGCACUCCCCAAGGGAUGGCUCUGGGCUGGAGCGCUCCCCAAGGGAUGGCUCUGGCCUGGAGCGCUCCCCAAGGGAUGGCUCUGGCCUUGAGCGCUCCCUAAGGGAUGGCUCUCGGCUGGAGCACUCCCCAAGGGAUGGCUCUGGGCUGGAGCGCUCCCCAAGGGAUGGCUCUGGCCUGGAGCACUCCCCAAGGGAUGGUUCUGGCCUGGAGCGCUCCCCAAUGGAUGGCUCUGGCCUGGAGCGCUCCCCAAGGGAUGGCUCUGGCCUGGAGCGCUCCUGA